UUAUUAUUAUUAUUAUUAUUAUUAUUAUUAUUAUUAUUAUUAUUAUUAUUAUUAUUAUUAUUAUGUGCAUGAACAUUUUCUUUCUUAAAGCAUGGAUAAGAACCUGAAUCAAGAUGUCAAUCAUACCCAACCUCCUUCAAUAUAUUAACAUUUUAAAUGUUCCUUUUGUCCAUAAGAUGUCUGUUGAGCUCUACGGUGUGAGUGGACCAGGUGGAAACAAUGCUAGUGUUAAAGGCACCACAGUGUAUGGCACCAAACCUUUACACCGCUUCAUUAAGGGGCAACCCAAGAUUAAUGGCAUAAUGCUGCUGGUCUUGGGCUCGUCAUUCAUCAGCAUUUUCUUGGCAAUCGUGCCUGAAUAUGAAUCGAUAACCGUUGGUAUCUUCGUGCUGGGAAUACUGUUCGUCAUAUGUGGGAUUCUGUAUAUUCUGACGGCGCACAACCCAACCAAGAAAACAGUAACCAUUUCGCUGGCUCUGAGUAUUGUGAACAUACUGGUGGCAUGUUGGAUUAUCUUUUGCAUUGUGCCCAAGUUAAUGUACGUGCACCACCAGUACAUGACGUACGAUGAAUUUAUUGAAAAUAAUUAUACACAUUGGGAAGCACGUGAGGCCAUGGGAGAGUCUGUGGAAAUGAUUUUCCUCUUCCACAUUAUUAUGGGUGCAAUUAUUUGCAUUAUAAUGUCAACUCUGGCUGUGGCUGCACUGCGUUCCACAAACAGCCAGGCCAGUGUAAUGAUGACUGCUAUGCCGGCUGAAACACCAGUGGAAUAACAAUCACAAGAAGAAGGUCUGACGUGCGAUUAAUUGAGCAGAGAGAAUAAAUAUGAAACGUACAGAGACUCUUUGUGGGCACAACAGGAUAUAUGAUUCCCUUCUCACUAGCAUUUUUGGGUUGUUGUAAUGUAGUCUAUGCAAUGCAAUACAGAUACAAUCUAUGCAAGUACAUGUAUUGCCUUGUGGUGUUUAUGUGAUCUUCUUCUACUUCCACCACCAUGUGAGCAUUAUAUUUCCCUCUUUUGAACAUGUGCCACCAGAUUCAACAGGAUGAUGGCAUUGAACUUUUCCCUACUGCGCAAGCAUUUAACCGCUGCUAACUCUGCAAUCUGCCACCGGCUUCCAGCCCGGCCUCUAUGUCAGCACAUUAUGUUUGCACUGCUACGCCACAGAACAAAUGUCCGAGUGUAACCAAUGUCCCUCUGGGUAAAAAAACAACACAUGUUUGGGCUGUUUUCAUUUCUCAAACACAUUAGUUAAAAGCAGCCUUAAACUGAGUUAAGCUUGCUGGUACUCUUGGGAACCCGAUUUUGACGAGGUGUCCCGUAGAAAGGGUUUAAGUUGUAACUAAUGGCUUUCUCAAUGGUUUAAAGAUCAUUUACUGAUGAUUGGUGGAUAAUUUACUGGUGGAUGCCAUCAAUAAGAAACACUUUUAGGUUGAGAGGCAGUUAUCCUUCCUCAGCAUGAUAUUAUUUGCUUUGUCUUUUUUGCUUUAAUUCACAAAACAAAAACACCAAUGGACCAUUUGACCAGCUUGGUUCUAGACAACUGAAUUACUUCCCACACAUCCAAUAUUUUUCAGCAAUCCCAAUAGUGUAUUCAUAAAAUGCCUGUUCAGCCUGAUCGGGUACUCUAUGACCACUAACCUUUUGAAAAUAAUUUGCAUAACAUCAUCUGAAUUCACUAUAACUGCAGACUUUGUCAUAAAAGUUUAUAACUCCAGAAGAGUUACAAACUUGUGUUUGAGUGAGAAACCUGGAUUCUUUAUUAUUUCUUAUUAAUUUUUAGAACGACAGACAUUAGGACUUAUUAGAAAGUGAGUAUUUACUAAAGGUUGGCAGCGAUAUAACUGCUUUACUAACAAAUGGAAACACAGCCAUGUCAAGUAUAGAGAGUUUUUUAUUCAAAACACAGAGUGUGAACAUCUGAACAUGAAAAUGUAAUGUCAACAAUUCAAGACAUAAACAUAUCACCUCUUGUAAA